UCGGCCCGGCCGGUCCCUCGGGCGGCGGGCAUGGCCAACGUUUCCAAAAAGGUGUCGUGGUCCGGCCGCGAUUUGGACGAGGACGAGGCGGUGCCGCUGCUGAACGGGGCCGGGCCCGCCGCCCGCCAGCUACCUGCACCAGUCCGUGCCGGCCAUAUGAGCACUGUGGAGCUGGAUGACGAGCUCCUGGACCCGCAGGCUGACCCUCCGCUGCCACAGCCCAAGGAGAUUCCGCACAACGAGAAGCUUCUAUCGCUCAAGUACGAGAGCCUAGACUAUGACAACAGUGAGAACCAGCUGUUCCUGGAAGAGGAACGACGCAUUAACCACACGGCCUUCCGGACGGUGGAAAUCAAACGCUGGUUUAUCUGCGCAGUCAUUGGCGUUCUUACGGGCCUAGUGGCCUGUUUCAUUGACAUCAUGGUGGAAAACUUGGCCGACCUCAAAUACCAGCUGGUUAAGGGCAACAUCGAUAAGUUCACGGAGAAUGGGGGUUUGUCCUUCUCGUUGCUGCUAUGGGCCUCCCUCAACGCUGCCUUCGUGCUGAUUGGUUCUGCCAUCGUCGCCUUCAUAGAGCCAGUCGCUGCAGGAAGUGGGAUCCCCCAGAUCAAGUGCUUCCUCAACGGGGUGAAAAUCCCUCAUGUCGUCCGACUCAAGACCCUGGUGAUCAAGGUGUCCGGUGUGAUCCUGUCGGUAGUGGGCGGCCUGGCUGUGGGCAAGGAAGGCCCGAUGAUCCACUCUGGCUCUGUCAUCGCUGCUGGAGUGUCCCAGGGGAGAUCCACGUCACUGAAGCGAGAUUUCAAGAUCUUCGAGUAUUUCCGCAGAGACACAGAGAAGCGGGAUUUUGUCUCUGCUGGAGCUGCUGCUGGAGUGUCAGCUGCAUUUGGUGCCCCCGUGGGUGGGGUCCUGUUCAGCUUGGAGGAAGGUGCCUCGUUCUGGAACCAGUUCCUGACCUGGAGGAUUUUCUUCGCAUCUAUGAUCUCCACCUUCACCCUGAACUUCGUCCUGAGCAUUUACCACGGAAACGUGUGGGACCUGUCCAGCCCUGGCCUCAUCAACUUCGGCCGAUUUGACAGUGAGAAAAUGUUGUAUACCAUCCACGAGAUCCCCAUCUUCAUCGCCAUGGGCGUGCUGGGUGGCAUUCUUGGAGCUGUUUUCAAUGCCCUCAACUACUGGCUGACGAUGUUUCGAAUCAGGUACAUCCACCGGCCCUGCCUCCAGGUGCUCGAGGCCAUGCUGGUGGCUGCUGUCACAGCCACGGUGGCCUUCGUGCUCAUCUACUCAUCCCUCGACUGCAAGCCUCUGCGGGGGAGCUCCGUGUCCUACCCGCUGCAGCUCUUCUGUGCAGAUGGUGAAUACAACUCAAUGGCCGCCGCCUUCUUCAACACCCCAGAGAAAAGUGUGGUCAGACUUUUCCACGACCCCCCAGGCUCCUAUAACCCCCUCACACUGGGCCUCUUCACCCUCGUCUACUUCUUCCUGGCCUGCUGGACCUACGGGCUAACUGUGUCUGCUGGCGUCUUCAUCCCCUCACUGCUUAUCGGCGCCGCCUGGGGCCGCUUGUUCGGCAUCUCCCUGUCCCACCUCACAGGAGAUGCGAUCUGGGCUGACCCUGGCAAAUAUGCCCUGAUGGGGGCUGCUGCUCAGCUGGGCGGGAUCGUGCGGAUGACGCUGAGCCUGACAGUCAUCAUGAUGGAGGCUACAAGCAAUGUCACCUACGGCUUCCCCAUCAUGCUGGUGCUCAUGACCGCCAAGAUCGUGGGCGACGUCUUCAUUGAGGGCCUGUACGACAUGCAUAUCCAGCUGCAGAGCGUCCCCUUCUUGCACUGGGAGGCGCCUGUCACUUCCCAUGCACUCACCGCCAGGGAGGUGAUGAGCACGCCCGUGACUUGCCUGCGCAGACAGGAGAAGGUGGGCGUCAUUGUGGAUGUCCUCAGCGACACCAGCUCCAACCACAAUGGUUUUCCUGUUGUGGCACCUGCCGGUGACCCCCAGCCAGCCCGGCUCCAAGGCCUCAUCCUGCGCUCACAGCUCAUCGUGUUACUGAAACACAAGGUUUUCAUGCAGAGGUCCAGCCUGAUGCGGCGGCGGCUGCGGCUGAAGGACUUCCGGGACGCCUACCCGCGCUUCCCGCCCAUCCAGUCCAUCCAUGUGUCCCAGGAUGAGCGCGACUGUACCAUGGACCUCUCCGAGUUUAUGAACCCCUCGCCUUACACUGUGCCCCAGGAGGCAUCUCUGCCGAGGGUCUUCAAGCUAUUCCGGGCUCUGGGCCUGCGGCACCUUGUGGUGGUGGACAACCACAAUCAGGUGGUGGGACUCGUGACCAGAAAGGACCUGGCCAGGUACCGGCUGGGGAAGGGGGGUUUGGAGGAGCUCGCCCUGGCCCAGACGUGAAGCUGCAGUGCCCCUGCUCGGCACCGGGAUGGACACGGCUCCUGCAAACCAUGAUACCCCAGACACUUCUCUACUGCUCCGUCCUAAGCCCAUGUGCAUUCAUACAUGUGUAUAUGUGUGUGCGUGUGCACCUGUCAUAGGGUGUCCCCGGGCUCAAGGCAGCUCCGGGCCACUGAGAGGACAGGAGUGGCCUGGCCCAGGCCCUGGACUUUGGGACCACUGUGGCCAGAGGGCAGGCCCCCGGGUCCCGCAGGGCAGCAAUGGAGUCCCUUCCCCUUCCAACUGGAGUUCAGGCCACUGCGUCACAGGGGCUUCGGAGCUUGGUGCAGCGACCCUGUGUGGCCUGUCCACCGGACAGUGUUCAGAGCCAGCAACACUGCCCCUGUGCUGGGCUGAUAGACCUUGGCUGAUUGACUCACGGUGCUCUAGGGAGCACCAGCCAACACUGCCUGACAGGGCUUUUCCAGGUCGGGUGAGGGUCUGAGUGGGUGUAAUAAAAACAUUUUCCUUAUGGCUA